UGUACAAGAUUCCAACGAGUAUAAAUACCGGAUGUCUCGCGUGAUGAUCUCAGUAUAAAGCGCAAAUCGUAAUCGAGUGCUCCAGGCGGAGGUACAAAGCAACACGAUCGAGAGAUCGUCGUCGUCGCCACUUAACAAUUACAAGCUGCGAAGAUGCACCUGAAGGUCCUACCGUUCCACAAAAUGCUGCACGUGCUGGCGUGGUUGGAGGGCACGUGGAUAACGGACGAGCCCGGAAACGGCACGUUUCCGCACAGCAAGGCCUUCACGUACUACGACCAGAUCAACAUCACGUCCAUCGGCCAGCCGAUGUACAACUACAUCGCGCAGAGCUGGCAUCCGGAGAGCGGGGUGCCGAUGCAUCGCGAGACCGGCUUCCUGCAGAUUUUGCCGACAUCCAACACCGUUAUCCUGAGUCUCAUCGAUAAUAUAGGCCUGUUCACGGUCGAAGAGGGCGCGCUGUCGGACGACAACAAGAGCUUCGACAUAAGGAGCUCCAACGUGCUGGCGACCAGCGCGUCGCCGGCGCCUUUCUCGUCAAUGACGCAGUCGCGUCGAGUGUACAAACUCGACGGUGAUUAUUUGGACUUGACUUUCUACAUGGCGACGACCAAGACGCCCGAACUGACGGAACAUCUACACGCAAGAUAUAAAAAGGUGACAUGAGGGAGGUCCACGCGAAGGAAGACCGUGACGACACGAAGAGGCGAUGCGAGAUAGAAUAUUUUGUAGACAUAAGCUGGCGUCUUUCAUCCUUGUAACUCUGAUCUGAGAAUAAAGUAUGAAUAAAGUUCUCGAGAUGCGUGACGCGCGAUGUAGCGAAUAAAUAUCGCAUAGCAAGAUG